GCUGGCCGGUGCCCUCUCGCAUGUCUUCAUAGAUGAUUAACCAGUUGUGCUGAUGCUGUGACAAUGGGAGCGAUCCAGACCUGCAUCAUCUAGACCGAGGGGGUCCUGCAGCGGCUGGACGCAGACCAGAAGGACUGUAGAGAAAAACAUCUGGACAGAGACACAAAGGAGGGACCUCCUGCUGCUGCUGCUCGGACACGGGUGCAGAGAUGGGGGUGUUCAGCCGGCAGAGGUUUUUCCAGGAGCUUGCUCAUGGCUGCCUGCUGCCUACGGCUCAGCAGGGCCUGGAGCAGGUUUGGCAGCUGUUGGUCAUCUGCCUGAUGUGUCGCCUGCUCUGGAUGUUGGGUCUCCCCUCCUUUGUGAAGCACCUGUGCACGGUGGCGGGAGGUUUCUACACCCUCUAUCUGUUCUUUGAGCUCCACAUGAUCUGGGUCGUCCUCCUCAGCCUUCUCUGCUACCUCUUCCUCUUCCUGUGCCGCCACUCGACUAUCCGAGGAACCUUCCUGUCCAUAACGGUGCUCAUCUACCUGCUCCUCGGGGAGCUGCACAUGAUGGAUACCACCAACUGGCACAAAAUGAGAGGUUCACAGAUGGUGGUUGCCAUGAAGGCCAUCUCCCUGGCCUUUGAUCUGGACAGAGGCGUUGUGACCAAUGUCCCCUCACCCAUUGAGUUCAUGGGCUAUAUUUACUUUGUGGGCACGGUCAUCUUUGGGCCCUGGAUCAGCUUCAACAGCUACAAAGAAGCUCUAGAGGGACGUAAGUUGAGCUUAGGGUGGCUGUUAAAAGUGUCCGUUAGCUGGGUGAAGAGCCAGAUCUGCCUUGUCGUUUCCAACUGCGUGGCUCCCUACCUCUUCCCAUACUUCAUCCCCGUCUACGGAGACAAGCUGCUCCGAAGCAAAAAGAGGAGGAAGAUCAGAGGUUCUUUGGCCAAGUGGCUGCUGGCAUAUGAGAACACGGCGUCCUUCCACUUCAGCAACUACUUUGUUGGCUACCUGAGCGAGACUACGGCCACUCUUGCAGGGGCAGGCUUUACAGAGGAGAAAGAGAAUCUCAAAUGGGACCUGAGCGUGUCCAAGCCCCUUAAUAUUGAGUUUCCUCGGUCCAUGGUGGAGGUGGUGACGUCGUGGAAUGUGCCCAUGUCUCGCUUUCUGCACACGUAUGUGUUCAAGAGCGCGCUCAAAUUCGGGACGUUCACUGCCAUCAUGGUGACAUACAUAGCCAGCGCCCUCCUGCAUGGUCUAAGUUUCCAUCUGGGUGCAGUGCUCAUAUCUCUGGGGUUCAUUACGUACGUUGAGCACGUUUUACGGAAGAGGCUUGCUGCCAUUUUUAAUGCUUGCGUGCUUUCAAGGAAAUGUCCACCAAGCUGCAGUCACCAAAACAAAAAGAAGCUGUGGGUGUAUAUGAUUAACAUAGCAUUUUCUGCUUUGGCACUACUUCACUUGACAUAUCUGGGCUCCGUGUUCAACUCCAGUGUGGACUACAUGGAGGAGGAUGAGGACGACAUCACCCACCACACCAUUCAGAAGUGGUCCGAGCUGAGCUGGACGAGCCACUGGGCCACGUUCGGGUGCUGGAUAUUCUACCGCCUCAUUCUCUAACAACGGGAGACGAUGAAGAAGUGAAAGAAGCAAUAAUCAGAAGCAGGUUUUCCACUUCUGUACCGUGACUUUUUCCUAGAUCAGACCGAGGAAGGCAACUUGCAGUUUUCAGGUUGUGCUGCAUGUGGGUCGGGUAAUGCUAUUCUAACCUGCUGGGGACUAGUUUUGAUAUCUAUAAAAAGAUAGACCACAGCGCCUUUCCCUCCCCCCCCCCGCCCCUCCCUUUUGUCUGUUUCACAUUCUUUUUAUCUGAGGCAGAGCCAUCGUGGCCUCCUGUUGUGACAGCAUUUUCCACUGUCUCACUGUGACUAACAAUCAAUAACUAUCGGCACGGAGGAGACGGCACACACGUGACGGAGCACGUGAGGCGGACGUCCUGCUGAGGUGAUGGCCUCUCUCAUGUCAGCCGCUUUCUAGUCAUGCAAAGUCUCCCAGACGGUCUCACAUUUGGUCGUUUUACACGCCUGACUGUGUUUCAGUGGGAUUUUAUGUAAUACACCAACAGAAAGCGGUGUAUAAUUGUAAAGUGGACAGAAAGUUGUUGGUUUUUAACAGGUUUUGGCAUAAUUUAAAACUUUAGCUUGUGGCUGAAAGCCUUUUUUGGUUUAGAUCAGCUUUGCUCAGCGGGAGACCAAAGCUUUUUACCCGUUCUUCUUAGCAAAGGAGCUCAGUCCGGACUUUAACUUGGCCAUUCUAAUACACGCAUGCGCUUUGGUUCAAGCACUUUCACUGUAGAUCGGUUUCUGUGUUCAGGGUCAUUCCACUGGUAGCUGAACCUCUGCCCUAAUCUCCAUUUCUUUACAGUCUCUAACAGGGUUUCUUCACUUUCCCCACAAAUGUUGACCAAUUUCUCUGUCCCUGCUGUAGAAAGGCAUCCUCAGAGCGCGCUGCUGCAACCACCACCAUGUCUCAUAGCGUGUUUGUCCUCUAACACUGCAAAAACAGAACUAAAAAUGAGUAAAAUUUUCAUUGAAAUGAAUGCAUU